UAUCAACCGCGCUGCCGCACAACUUGCAAAAAACAAGUCACGCUCCCAUCGUUGGUCGACCUCCUGCCGUUCAGGGAGAACCACCGAGUCCGGCGACCGCGAGCAACAGAACCGGAGAUGGGGCUGUGCUCGUGCUGCUGCCGGUGCCUGGAGAUCCUCUGCGCCAUCCUCCUCCCGCCCCUCGGCGUCUGCCUCCGCCAUGGCUGCUGCUCCAUGGAGUUCUGGAUCAGCGUCCUGCUCACCAUCCUCGGCUACCUGCCGGGCGUCCUCUACGCCGCCUACGUCAUCCUCUCCGUCGACCCCGACCGCGCCCGCCGCAACGGCGACCCCGACGACUACAUCUACGUCGCCUGAGCAACCUGCACCCAGUC